GCGGCCGCGGAGCGCCCAACCUCCCUCUUCCUCCUUAAGCGACACCUCCAUUACCGCCACGGGAGAAUAAACGCGUGAGGGGGGCGCCAGUCUCCCGGAGUAAAUCGUUCCCCGCACGCCUCGAUGACAGAAGAACCCCAAGGCCACAGCAGACAGCCCGCCCACCCACAUUUUGUGCCCCGCCCCGCCCGGCGGCGCGGCGGCUGCUUGCACAUGCGCAGCCGUCCGGAGUUUCCGGUAACGGUGCCGGCGCCGGCCGUACGGAGGGACGGAUGGACGGCGGACCGGUGGCGGUUGGUGUGGGGCGCGCGGCCGUGGUGGCGUUGCUGUCCUGCCUCCUGGUCGCGCUGCCCUUACGCUGCGCAGGUGGGGCCCGGCCAAACUAAUCUGAAGAGUCCGCAGGAUCUUCAGGUCUACGUUGUAAAUACAAAUUUCACUCUAAGGUGGAACUACACUGGGAAUGAUACCAAUGUGACAUUUUCAGCAGAAUACCAGUUGCUUGAAGGUUUUGAGACAAAUGACGCAGAAUGGAAGGAGUUGCCUGGGUGUCAAAAUGUUACUCGCACGGAAUGUGACUUUUCCUCAGCAAUAACAGAAUACUAUGAUAGACACCAUGUGCGUAUAAGGGCUGAAAGAAGGGAAGAAGUGUCUCCGUGGUCUAGCAUUUUUGAAAUGACUCCGUAUUUUAUAGCUCAGAUCGGUCCCCCAGGAAUAGAGUUGCAGUCCACAAAUGGUGUCAUAAAAAUUAAAGUUUCUCCUCCAGAAGCAAAUCAGGUCCGAAAAAUGUGGAUAGCUCAUGUACGUUUUAAAUAUAAUCUAGUUAUCUGGGAAAAUUCAUCAAAUGCAGAGUUCAGAAGUCAAAGUAUUUUUCCUACUGAUAUAAUUGAUGGUCUUGCACCAGAAACUACCUACUGUUUGAAAGUUCAAGCAACUCUCCCUUUGGACUUCCAGGAAGGCUUAUUCAGUCCCACUCGUUGUGUAAAAACUACCCGUAAAGUGAAUGACCUAUUCUGUGCAACAAAUGUGAGUGUCCUUGCUUUGAAUAUGAAAUUUCAUCUUCAUUGGAAGAAUCAGUAUAAACAACAUGUGAUCUAUAAUGUACAGUAUCUCCUUGGGUAUCUAAAGAAACUUCAUGAUGAUUACUCAAUGAAGUGGCAAAAUGUACCUGGAUGUGAAAACAUCACUGAAACACAAUGCAAUUUCUCAUCUAUCAUCACUAGUACUGCUGGAUUUUAUUAUCUCCGUGUGCAGGCCGUGAAUGAAUAUAAGAAAUCAUGUUUGUCUAAUGAUGUGAAAGUAGAUCCUCUGAUAGCAAAUGAAAUUGGCCCCCCUGGUGUAAAGUUGGACAUCAGUGAUGUUUUGCUCCAUAUUCAGAUUACUCCUCCAGGAGGAUCUGAAAGUGAAGUCAUGAGGGAACAUUAUGGCUUGUCUUACCGAGUUCUGUAUUGGAAGAAUUCAUCAAAUAAUGAGGAGGAAAUCAAAAUGAAAGAGAUAAAGCAGACAAUAGGGACAGUCUCUGAUCUAACACCCUCAACUUUGUACUGUGUAAAAGUACAAGCAUACUCAGAAGCUUACAACAAAAGCAGUCAUUUCAGCAAAGAGGAAUGCAUCAAAACACCUGGAGAUAAAGUUUUACCUCUGAUCAUUUUAGCAACAUUCGUAACUGCCCUGAUUGCUGUCCUGCUUGUGGCUACGCCAGUCGUUUUUGCCCUGUAUCAAGCCUACAAUAAAAUCAAAUAUGUGUUCUUUCCAUCAUGCCAGCCUCCUUUGAACAUAGAGGGUUUUGGAGAACAGCUCUUCAGCAGUCCUUAUAUGUCGACUACAGAGGAACCAAUAGAAAAUUGCUGUAUAAUUGAGACUGUCAUCACAGAAGAAGUAAAUCAAAUUGAUUUUAAAGACUACAAACAUUCUAAACAGAGCAGUCGAGAUUCAGGAAAUUAUUCUAAUGAUGACGAUACUUCAGGGAGCAAAGUGUCAGAAGAAACACUAGAAAAGGAAAUAGUAUAACUUCUAAGAAAAUAAAAUCCAUGUAUUGAUGUAUUGACAUCGUAAUAAACACUUAAAACUUUCUAUUAUGAAAGUUGCAGCCUAAGUAAGACAGUGUGACUUUGGGAUCUUUGUCUUCAGGUGUCCAAAUCUGCACUUUGUUAGUGGAAAGUUACAUACUCUGUCUGCUGCAAGCUGACCAAAGUUACAACACAAUUGACUCCAUGUAUCUUACACCAUUUCAGCUGACUUUUCAUCAUAUGAUAAAAAGAACAUCAUCUGCGUAAAGAGGAGCACAUCCGUACACAUACUUGAACCCAAUAACCUCAGCGAAAGCUUACUCUGUUCCACAAGAAGAGUUUCUUGCUAUCUCAGAGGUUUGUUUUGAAUGCCAGUAUGUACGGUGACAGAAGCCUUAAAUUCCAGUAUUGAAUCUUACAAUGGUUACACAGGCAGAAGGAAAUUCAUGCUGGAUACAAUUUUAUUAACUUUUCUGACAUUCUCUUCCAGCCCCCUCAGGGGCAGUGCUUUUUGGCUCAGCAGGUCCAGAGCAAAAGAUGCAAAGAGACCAACAAUAGCCUCGGUGAGGUGGUUCCUCUCCGCUUCCUUGUAGAAUUCCUUGUGGCCAUGGCUGUGGGAUGCUCCCAAUGUCCCCUCGCUUGUUCAUGUAGCUAUGUCCCUGCCUCAGGGUGCUCUCCUCCCACAGCACUCACUAAUCUGGGCAAGUAUGGGAAGGGGAAAAGGCAAGAAGGAGGUUCACUUCACUUUACUAUAAAGAAAAAUUUUCUUUGUAAACAAAGGUUGGGUCAAAUUACUUUGCGUGGCAUUUAGGAUAAAAACCAACAAAUGUCCAAGCCAAAUGUACACUGUAAGAAGAAACUAAGUAAUACUGUUAUUUUAAUGACAAGGCAUGUCAAGAGGUGUAUUCUUGAUUAUUUUUCCCAUGACUAGAUAACUAGAAGUGUAAAACAUUUACUUCUGUCAUGGUUUAACCUGGCAGGCAGCUAAGACAGCCACACAGCCGUUUGCUCACUCCCCACCCCACAGUGGGAUGGGGGAGAGAAUUGAAGAGAAAAAGGUAACACUCGUGGGUUGAGAUAAAGACAGUUUAAUAGGACAGAAAAGGAAGAGAAUAAUAACAAUAAUUGAAUAUACAAAACAAGUGAUGCACAGCACAAUUGCUCACUACCUGGAACUGAUGCUCAGCUAGUUCCUGAGCCAUGUCACCUCCCAGCCAACCCCCUCAGUUAUACACUGAGCAUGACAUCAUAGGGUAUGGAAUAUCCCUUUGGCCAGUUUGGGUCAGCUGUCCUGGCUGUGUCCCCUCCCACCUUCUUGUGCACCCCCAGCCUCCUUGCUGGCAGGGCAGUAUGAGAAGCCGAAAAGUCCUUGACUGCUUGGCAACAACUAAAAUAUCAGUGUGUUAUCAACAUUCUCAUCCUAAAUCUGAAAUCCAGCACUAUACCAGCUGCUAGGAAGAAAAUUAACUCUAUCCCAGCCGAAACCGGACAACUUCUAAUUAAAUUGUAUUUAGAAAUGUGAAUCUCUUUGAACAAGGAAGAAGCUUAUUUCUGUAAUUAGAAGGACUCAAGUUGAAUUUAGAAAAUGCCUUUUAACAGACAGGUGAGGAUGCUUGUAAUUCAAAGCUUUUUCAGCGUAGUCUCAUUUUGCCAAUAGACUUUUCUGUGUACAAAUUAUAAGGAUAUGCUGCAAUAUUUCAAUUUGCAUACCACUUUCUUUUUCUGAAGUAAUUCUUAAAAGCUUAUUUUUUAUGAAGAAACUGAUUUAGCGUAAACUGGUUUUAAGCUUCACGUGGACUGUUGUUUAUUGUAACAAGCAUCUGUUGGUGUUUAUAUUUUUUUUAACUUUGAAGAUUUGAUGUAAUUUCAUACAUUUUAUGUCCCUUUGUUCAUUGAAGAACAUAAUAAAUUUUGCACAUUUUCUUUA